CAGACGACGAGAAUGCGCUGUGCAUUGCUGCUUGCCGCUGUCUCUUGCUUCGCCCAGACAUCAACUGCCUUCCUGUCCUCCACGUCGUUGAGGCUUCGCAACACUGCGCCCGCACCAUGCUGCUCUUCGAGCAAGAGGCUUCAGCUCCGCAUGGGGAAGGAAGUGUUUGACGUGAACCCCGAGGGAGAGGAGAGGCACCAUCCUUACUUCGAUGCUCCCGAGGAGAGGCUCGCCUCAGCCGGCAAGCUCCACGUCAACGAGCCUCCUCCCGACGUCAAGCCCAUGGACAACUUCCGCAGGAACCAUCCUGACUUCGACUCUCCUCCCGAGAAGAUGCUCGAGGCCGGAAACGUCAAGGGAAAGGGAGUCGCAGCUGCUGUAGGAGGCGAUAUUGACAGCCCGGUGUUUGAGCCCGCGUUCUUCGAUGCUCCCCUCGAGAAGAUUGCCGAGGCUGGCAACAUCCACGUGAACGAGCAGCCUCCUGACGUGCAGCCCAUGGACAACUUCCGAAGGAGGCAUCCUGACUUCGACGCUCCUGUCGAGAAGAUGAUCGAGGCGGGCAACGUGCAGCCAUCAGAGUUUGCGAUGAAGAAGACUGUGACGGGAAGCGGGGAAGAUUCGAAGCUUGGUCCCUACGACAUCAACGACGUCGAAGACGACUAGAGUGACAGGACACAAGUUUGUUAUCGCAAUGACAGUGAAGCAUCGGCGUGUCUGUC